AUGUCGCCCGUCAGGUUCAACACGUCCGGGACGGUCACGGUUGAUGAAUUUGCGGCAAUGACUCGACUCGUUGGGCAGGAGAUGCGAUCCAUCCCCUCUGUCGUCAUUGAGGUACUCCGUUCAGUGAUUCUAGCGAGGAUUGCUCAUUGGGAUGGAUUCCAACAAUUCACCGAGAGCAGUCCCGAAGUCCAAGACUCCCACGCUGCUGACAGAAAUUUCACGAUUGCCCUGUACAAGGCCUUUGAGGCUUUCAAAGCCCUCUGCGUAGAAGAUGUUCAGAAUGCGAACCAGGAGUGGCCAUGUGGAGCCCAAAUAUGCGACGCCCUUGAGGAAAUUGUCUUUGCCAACGACUUUUCGAUUCGGGACAUUCGAAAGCUGGACCAUGAGGGGUCUGACUACGACUCCAGCAACGUUGUCUCUGCAUCCCAAAGGCGCGGUCAAAAAAGACGCAGCAUGAGAAACAAAAACAAGAGGAAAAAGAAGGCGAAGAUUACGGAGCAAGGGACCGCGGCUCUGGGAAAAGUGCCCUUGAAGGAGUAUCGAUUUCUCAGAACCGACGAAGAACUGACAACGGAGUAUACCAUGGCGGUCCGCUCGUACUUCCUGGAUUGUGCCAGCCUGCGUGACUACCUCCAGGGCAUAUGGCAUGAGGUCGCAUAUGACGGCCUCAACAGCGUUGUCGCCGGCGCUUUGGUUCAACUGGCCUUUGGGGUCGUAAAACAAACCGAGUCAGACGUCUUCGCUGACUUCCCAGGCCAGGUUUCUUACGAAACUCUCGAGAGAAUCAUCACACGGGGUAACACCCAGAAGGCCGAGAAGGAGUUCAGCGCAGCCAGGCACGCCCUGGUACCGGACGAUCAGAGCCAAGAGAGUGACGAGGCCUUCGUCGACUUGAAGGAGUACAUGCUGUCCGAUGCCUACCGGAACCUUGUCGAUUUCAUAGUCGAUUACCAGAAGAACCGGAACGGAUUUCCAACCAUGAAAAUGCUCAUGCAUACCACGCCAUGGGACCCUGGCUUUGACUUGCAGCAAGCGACCAAAGAAGAGAGGCUGGAGUGGCGCCGAGUGUACACGAUCAAUUGGCUCUUUGACCUGGUAAACCACUACUCAAGCCCGAUCCUCGAGCAGCCUCCCGGCGGACAAAACCUCGAGGACAUUGACUGGUCCACCAGAAAUGAGUGUCUUGCCCCAAAAGCGAUUUCUGGUUUACAAUACUUCGGAGCAGUCAUUACCUCGCUUGCAAUGCAAAAGCCUGGAACACAAGUUGCGGACCGCAUCUCGCCUCUCGACGUCUUCGUCCUACAAUGCGUCGUCGACGCUUUCACCGUCUCUCGCGGCUGGUCUGUUGACACAUUGAAAGGGCAUGUGAUUAUUGCCUCACCGCAGAGUUUUGACCCAACAAGAGAAAUCAAGAUAUUCUUGCGCGGCAAAAACGAGAGAGGCGACUCCGGCUGUUUAAAUUCUCUUGAUAGGCUGGUGGGUAUAUUCGAAGCCAGCGAAGAAUUCCCCAAAGAACCCGAACACCGUCAAGGUUGGCUUCGCGCCAUCAGAGUGUUCUAUAACAGUUUAUUGUUGCUCGGCGACUCAAACCGAGUGCGUACAUGCCACUCGUUCCCGAGUUCGAACUUCUCUGCGACCCACGUCAACGGCUUGUGGGAACUUUCUCCUCUUCUAUGCGCCACCAAGCGAGUCGUCGACCCCCAGACAGGAAAGAAAACCUUUGAUGACACGGACCUGAUCCGCCGCGCCAGAGGGGAGUUAAAGGUGGACGAUGACGAGCUCUUCGCCAUAGCGAAUGCGCAUAUGAUGGGCGGACCGGACGGCCAGUCUGACUCCCAGCUAACGGGGGAACAACGAUUGAGGCUUGUGAAACGGGACAUAUACAACGACGUGUGCGGAGACUCACCCUUAUCGGGCAUCGACUAG